AUGAAGCUGGAUACCAAAUGUGUUUUGCGUUGGGCCAAAUUAACCGAACAAGCCUUCGAACCAGUCCGUGGAUCGGAACGAGCCGCUGGAUUGGAUUUACGCAGUGCUUACGAUUUGGUUGUUCCGGCACGCGGUAAGGCUUUGGUAAAGACAGACCUUCAAAUUGAAGUCCCAAAUGGCUCUUAUGGUCGUGUUGCACCCCGAUCCGGCCUGGCGCUUAAAAACUUUAUUGAUGUUGGAGCUGGCGUUGUUGACGAAGAUUAUCGUGGCAACCUCGGCGUGGUUUUGUUCAAUCACUCUGAUACCGACUUUGAGGUGAAACGUGGUGAUAGAAUUGCCCAGUUAAUAUGUGAGCGCAUAUUUUACCCGGAAUUGGAACAGGUUGACAAAUUGGAGGAAACUAAACGUGGCGAGGGUGGCUUUGGAUCGACGGGAGUUAAAGACCUUCCCGCAAGUAAGAAUGGCACCAGUGAAGCGGCAGCAGCUGAAGCUAAAACUGAAUAG